AUGGAAUUCCUUUGUUAUCUACUACUCAUUUCUUUGGUUUGGGCAUGUGUACAUCUUCUCAUCACAUCCAAUCUACUUCGCCGAAAGGCCGGUGGCACCAUCCUCCCACCUGGCCCUCGCCAGUUACCGAUGAUUGGAAACAUAUUGGCACUCGGAACCAAGCCCCACCAAAAUCUUGCUAGCCUCUCAAAAACUUAUGGACCUUUAAUGACCCUCAAGCUUGGUAGGAUAACCACAAUAGUCAUAUCCUCUCCAGGCAUUGCCAAAGAAGCAUUACAGAAACAUGACCAAGCCUUGUCUAGCCGAAAAAUCCUAGAUGCUGUUCGUGCAAAUAAUCACCACAAAAAUUCAAUGGCAUGGUUGCCUGCUUCAACUCAUUGGAAAUUUCUCAGGAAAGUCGCUGCCAUACAAAUGUUCACUCCGCAAAAACUUGAUGCGGGCCAAGCCCUUCGUGGAGAAAAGGUGCAAGAAAUGCUAGAAUAUGUUCAUGAAAAUUGCGACAAUGGUCAUGUUGUCGACACAGGGAGGGCUGCUUUCACAACUGUCCUUAAUUUAGUUUCAAACUCCUUCUUCUCUUUUGAUAUAGCCAAUUACAAUUCUAAUUUCUCUUAA